UGUUUUUCUGGAUGUGUGGAGGAGGUGAGGCCGGUGCGGCUGCAGGCUGUGGGCGGUGCAGAGCUUCAGUCUGGCGGCUCGUCUCCAGUCAGUCAGUCGGUCGGUCGGUGUGGAGGAGAGCGGACGGAGCUGAGCGGAGCACCGGGACCCGGGAUCUGUACCACACACACAUACAUACACACACACACGGCAGCAAGACCACAACCCGAGCGACCAGGCAGACCGGACCGGAGCAGCAUGGAGCUGUGAGGGCUGCCGGGACCUGCUCCCCAAACAAACACCAAACAAACACCAAACACCGUUUCAUUUGUGUGUUAACCGCAUCAACAACAUGGAGACUACGGGCUGCUGGCUGCUCCUGGCUGCACACUUCAUCCUCAUCUGCCAACAAGCCGGAGGAUACGCGUACAGGAAUCAACGCAAGUUCUCAGAAGGCAUCGACUGGUCGUACGCAGGAACUUUAAAUCAGAACAACUGGGCCAAGAAAUUUCCGUCCUGCAGCAACGCCAAGCAGUCUCCCAUCAACAUCGAGGAGAACCUGGCUCAGGUGAAGCUGCAGUACCAGAAGCUGAGGUUUGAUGGCUGGGAGAGCCUGACCACCGACAGGACGACCAUCCAUAACGAUGGCAAGACGGUGGCGAUUGAUGUGGAUGGAGAGUUCUACGUCAGCGGAGGCGGUCUCAGGGCAAAGGUCAAGGUGGGACGUAUCACCUUCCACUGGGGGCGCUGCAACGCCUCCUCAGAGGGCUCCGAGCACAGUCUGGAUGGAGUCAAAUACCCACUGGAGAUGCAGAUCUACUGUUAUGAGACGCAACGCUUUGACUCUUUAGAUGAAACCAUCAAGGCCGGAGGCAGAAUCACAGCGCUCGCCGUGCUGUUUGAGACGAGCAUUGAAGAAAACGUGAACUACGUUGCCAUCAUAGACAGCAUCAACAGCGUGAGCAGAUAUGGAAAGAGCGCCGAGGUUUUACCCUUCGCCCCGCGAGACCUCCUGCCGAGCUCCACAGAGAAAUACUUCAUCUACAACGGCUCUCUGACCACGCCGCCGUGCAGCGACACCGUCGAGUGGAUCGUCUUCAAGAACACCGUGGCCAUCUCUGACGAACAGCUGGAGAUGUUCUGCGAGGUGAUGACGAUGGAGCAGGCCGGAUAUGUGAUGCUGAUGGACUACCUGCAGAACAACUACAGGGAGCAGCAGGAGCAGUUCAUGGGUCAGGUGUUCUCCUCCUACACCGGCACCGAGGAGGUCCUCACACCAGUGUGCAGUUCGGAGCCGGAGAACAUCCAGGCGGUGCCCUACAACCUCAGCAGCCUGCUGGUGACGUGGGAGCGGCCGCGGGCAGUGUACGACGCCAGCAUCGAGAAGUACUCUGUCACCUACCGACUGGCCAGCGUAGAAAACCCCGAGCGCUCUACAUACCUGACCGAUGGAGACCAGGAUGUGGGGGCGAUACUCGAUGACCUGUUAGCCAACACCAGCUACGUGGUCCAGGUGGUGGCGGUCUGCACCAACGGUCUGUACGGACGUCCGAGCGACCUGCUGACGGUCGCAAUGCCCGUCGACGACCCCGAAAAUGCACUGGAUCCAGAUUCAGAUGAAUUUGACGAAGAGGACAAAGAACCCAUCAUGCCUUGGAAUGAACCAGUCCAAACCGAGGAUUACGAUCCGGCCUGGACACCUACAAACUCACCGAGGACCACGACUUCUGGAUCACCUCUUUUACCUCUACCUGGCAUCAAAACCACAACGGCAGAAUCUGGUCGGAGGAAAACCACCACUGAUCCGGUUCCCCCGGUCAGAUCCACCCAGGAUGGUCAAGUCCUGAGCCAGUCUGAAGAGACAGCACACCGCAGUACCACCACACGUCCACCAGAGGUCCCCCUAACACCAAAAACCAGGAAAGAUGCUGACUCCAGUGGCAAUGCUGCCUUUUACUCAACAACAACAACAACCAAGGAAGCCUUCAUUUCUACUUCCACUACUCCUGUAUACUCCAAUGCAAAGACAGAUGACGUUCUUGGAGGUAUCAGUCCGAAAGACACCUCUGAAAAAACAAAAGGUGUUGUUAGUACCACUACUCCUACACUCACCAGUGCAAAUACAAAAGGUGGUGAAGGUAUUUCUUCAUACAGCAGCAGCACCACCACCACGACCACACUGACGUCCCGUACUAGCGACAUGAGCAGCACAACAACAUCAUCGUCCUUCAUCCAGGCCGAGACCGACCGAGGCCUGAUGCGUCCCAUAAACGAAGACACCACCACUGAUGGAGGUGUGUCUGCUGGACCCGGAGGUCUUCCAGUGAUCCAGUCGUCGACGUCCCAGCCGUCCUCCUCGGAUGAAGCUGGGCCCACAAGUCCCAGCAUGCCUCAUUUUUCGUCUACCGCGACCUCUGUGCGGUUGGGUGGCGUUCUCUUGCAGACCACACAGCCAAUGUCCAACGGUGAGCGCCCCUCUGUCCUCCCCUCCACCUCCUCCUCUUCCUCCUCCUCCCCUCUGUGUGACACUGCGGACCCCUCCACCUGCCUGCAUGACCCUCCCUCCUCGUCUUGGCCUGUGUUGUCUGCCUCCGCAUCGGACUCCCAGCAUGCCGCUACCGCUCCGCUGUCUAGCAAAGACCAGGCUUCUCCUUCAACCCCCACGCUCCCUGCCUCCACCCUGCCUCACCUCCCUCACCCCUCACACCCCCUGUCAGGUUGGGACACUGACCCUGUGUUCCCUGGCGUAGAUGAUAAUGAUAGCGAUGGUGAUUUGUUGUCUGGGUCUUCAUCUUCGUCGGUCUCUUCAGGUGACCCCUCAGGUGACUUCUCAGUGUUUAGCGAUACCCCUCCUCUCCAAACGGUGCCGGAUCCGUCUGGCACCACCGCCGCCGAGCCGUCUGAAUCCUCCUGGGAUCCGUCACUCUCAACUCUGUCUCUCAGCCCCACCCUCCAGCCUUCAGUUCUCCUCUCUAGUGACUUCACCCUCUCUGGCACAACUCCGGGCUUGUCCCGUUCUUUCUCAGUCGGGUUUGAGGAUGCAAGGUACGCCACGGGGAGCACAAUAGAGUCUUUUCUCCCAGAGGUCAGCGGUGAUGGGUUUCCAUUAGCUAGCGACGUGGAGCCCAUGUGCGGCUGUUCUCUGGAGCCGUCGGCGUCCUCAUCCUGGUUGCAUGCCUCUCCUCAUGUACCUCUGCCGUCCUCAGCCUGGAACUCUGCUAGCUUAGAGCUGUACUCUAGCGUGGGCUUCCCUUCUGCCUCUGGUGUUGGUAUAGACGGUCUUCUACACUCUCUCUCUGUGGCGGGUUCUGAUGGUCUGUCCUUAGACCAGCCUCUGCAAUCCCAUAGCGCUAUAUCUCCCUCAUCGUCCUCUUCACACUCCCUCCUUCUCCAAGUCACCCAUAGUGACCUGGCCGUUUCUGUUGCAGCCACAGCGUCUGGCGUCGGGGAUCCCUGGUUCUCGGCAUCAGAUGGGAACUCCGCCCUACAAACCUCUUCCCUCCCUUCCUCACCCACAGCAUCCCCCGUCACCCCCACCUCAGAAGGACAGGCGUUAGACACUAGCAGCAGUGCCUCCGGCUCGGCCCUGUUCCCUGACAUCCAGGAGGGCGUAGAUCAGGAGUGGGACAGGGUUCAAACCUCGUCCUCCGGAGAGAUCGCGUUCCCUUAUUCAACCAAAGUCACUAACACCGUUCCCCCGUCUUUGACCUCUGAGUCCGGCCAGUCCCCCGAUGAUUUGGAGGAACGCUCCUCAGCGUUCUAUUUUGAAAGCGAGAGCGGCAGUGCCAUCACCUCGGAGGUAGGAGGCACAGCGACGCCAACCAUUCCUGCGGUAACCUCGGCUUCACCCUGGUCGCUGGGCGGAGAGGAGGAGAGCGGCUCGGGGCAGGGUGACGGCCUGUACGACAACGAGACGUCCUCUGACUUCAGUAUCUCCGAGCGCACAGAAAGAGAAUCGGAGGAAGAGCAGCCAGUCGAAGAAGCCAGUAACAGCAGCCAUGAGUCGAGAGUCGGUUCGAUCCUGGACAGAGAGGGGAAGGCUGUGGUUCCCCUGGCCGUCAUCUCCACCCUCACCGUCCUCGGCCUGAUCGUCCUCAUUGGUAUCCUCAUCUACUGGAGGACCUGUUUUCAGACGGCUCACUUCUACAUCGAUGAAAGCUCAUCACCCAGAGUCAUCGCUGCACCGUCGACUGCUGCAUUAACAUCUGACGAACAAGCAGCUUUUCCAGUGAAGGAAUUUGUGAAACACGUGGCCGAACUUCACGACACGCUCGGCUUCCAACGAGAGUUUGAGAUACUGAAGGAGAGUUACGAGGAGAUUCAGACGUGCACGGUGGACAUGGGGAUGACGACCGACGGCUCCAACCAUCCUGACAACAAGACUAAAAACAGAUACAGCAACAUCCUGGCCUAUGACCACAGCCGAGUGCGACUCUCGCUGCAGGCCGACAAAGACGGGAAGGCGAGGGAUUACAUCAACGCAAAUUACGUGGAUGGUUUUAAGAAGCCGCGGUCGUACAUUGCCGCUCAGGGUCCUCUGAAGUCGAGCACCGAGGACUUCUGGAGGAUGAUCUGGGAGCAAAACGUCUGCGUCAUCGUAAUGAUCACCAACCUGGUGGAGAAAGGAAGAAGGAAGUGUGAUCAGUACUGGCCGGCGGAGGUGCAGGAGGAGUACGGCAGCUUCCUGGUGACGGUGAAGAGCAGCAGAGUGCUCGCCCACUACACACAGAGGACCUUCACUGUCAGGAACACCCACGUCAAAAAGGGCUCACAGAAGGGGCGGAGCAACGAGCGGAUGGUGACUCAGUACCAUUACACCCAGUGGCCCGACAUGGGCGUCCCAGAGUACGCUCUGCCGCUGCUCAGCUUCGUCCGCAAGUCGUCCAAAGCCAGGAAGGACAACAUGGGGCCGCUGGUGGUGCACUGCAGCGCUGGCGUGGGCCGGACGGGCACGUACGUGGUCCUGGACAGCAUGCUGAAGCAGAUCAGAGACGAAAGCAACGUCAACAUCACAGGCUUCCUCACACACAUCCGCAAACAGAGGAACUACCUGGUUCAGACAGAGGAACAGUAUGUUUUUAUCCACGAUGCCUUGGUGGAAGCCAUCUUGUCCGGAGAGACAGAGGUGGUGGCGGCUCAGCUGCACAGGUACGUGGACGAGCUGCUGAUCCCGGGGCCUGCUGGGAGGACGCGCCUGGACAAACAGUUCAAGCUGGUUUGUCACUCCGGAGUGAAGCAGUGCGACUACUCUACAGCACUGCAGGACUGCAACCGCAGCAAGAACAGAAACUGCUCCGUGGUUCCUGUUGAGAGGUCGCGAGUGCGCCUGUCUACGACGGUGGGGGAAACGUCAGACUACAUUAAUGCAUCAUACAUCACAGGCUACAGGCAGAGCAGCGAGUUCAUCAUUACCCAGAAUCCUUUGCCCAGCACCAUAAAGGACUUCUGGAGGAUGAUAUGGGACCACAACGCCCAGGUCAUCGUGUCGCUGCCGGGGACGCUGUCAGACGAGACGGAGGAGGAGGAGGCGGAGCAGUCUGUCGUCUGGCCCCGUAAAGGGCAGCCAAUCAGCUAUGAAAUGUUCACUGUCACUCAGAAGACUGAGAAUCACAUCUGUCUGACCAACGAGGACAUGCUGGUGGUCCAGGACUAUGUACUGGAAGCUACACAGGAUGACUACGUUCUGGAGGUGAAACACUACCGCGCCCCCCAAUGGCCGAAUCCAGACAGUCCCAUCAGCAACACCUUCGAGCUCCUCAACCUGGUGAAAGAGGAGAGCGCCGCCAAGGACGGCACAAUUGUGGUCCACGAUGAUGUGGGUGGAGUCACGGCAGGAACGUUCUGCGCUCUAUCGUCUCUGACUCGUCAGCUGGAGGCAGAGGGUUCGGUCGACGUCUUCCAAGUGGCCAAGCUGACAAACCUCAUGAGGCCAGGAACCUUCAGCGACAUCGAGCAGUACCAGUUCCUGUACAAAGCCAUGCUGAGUCUCAUCGGGACGCAAGAAGACGAGAAUACCCUCCAGUCCUCCGACAACAACGGUACCAUCGUGGUGGGAACCGCCAGCACCGCAGAGAGCCUUGAAUCCCUGGUGUAACAAAAAAAAAAACACAAAGAACUCUUGUUUAACUUUUACAAAUGAGCAACAGCAUUUCAUCCUUCCUCUUCAAUCACCAACAGAACUUCUCCCGAUGCCAGACUCAUGCUACAACUACUAAAUUAAAAUUGUUCAGGACUGUGUGGUAGUCUGAGGCUCGCACGUACCGAACGAGUUUCCUCUUAGCUGGAUCUGGACUCCCUGUGGUUUUGUAAUGUGUGCCUUUUUGUAUUUUUCAUCCUGUACUUCUAACUUUGAUACAAGCUGUAGACUAACUGUCCAAUGUUUUAACGCUGUACUGCCCUGAGACGUUCGACGCGACUAACAAACUUUUCCUAAACCUUUGUAUUUAUUGGCACUGAGCCAAAUGGGGAAGAAAGGGAAAACUGCAUCUUUUUACAUCAAAUGAGAUAUUUUGUUAGCUUGUCUUUUAUAGAGCUCCUGCACUGAACUCCCUUCUGUAAAUACCAUCGCAAUGGUAGCAGCAAUGUGCUAUUGAAGUCAAAUAUAAAAUAAGGGCCUGGAAUAUUAAAAAAUAAUAAUCUAAUGUAAAUAAUAUUAUAGUAAUCAACUCGAUGGACCAAAUUUCUAUUUAUACUUUUAGAUUUUUAUAUUUUACCAUUUUUAGUGCAUUCAAAUGUUAUGGUUUGAUUCUAAUUGCUUAGUUGGAGAACAUUAAUGCUUUUAUAUUCUGGAUUUUGUAACAGACUAAAUGUGAUGCAUGGGGUACUGACAUGUUUGUUUUUUAGCUGGACAUGAAACACUGCCGGAUUAUUAGCUCGAGGAUUAAAUAAGUGAAAGAACACCAAAGAAA